CUCCGCUAGGUUUUAGGCUUUUGCGUCGGCUGUACUUCGGAACUCUUCUUCUUCUGGUUCCCACACACACACACAGAUUUUCCUAGGUUUUGGACAUGGGAGCACUUGCUCCCAUCUUUCCCUGGAUCCCUGAAGAUGAUAUUAAGUUGAAGAAUGCGGUUGAGGCUGGUGCUUCUUUAGAAUCACUUGCGAAAGGUGCAGUGAGAUUUUCUCGUAGAUUUACUAUUCAAGAACUGCAGGAUCGGUGGCACUCUCUUCUCUAUGAUCCAUAUGUUUCAGCAGAAGCCUCUGAUCGUAUGGUUGAGAUUGAAAAUUCUGCUUCCAAUCUAUCGUCAAAACCCAACAGAUCUGGCAAUUCUAAAGGUAGUGGAUUUACUUCAGGGAAGAAAAAUAUUGGAAGUGUUCGUAGACAUUACCAUGCCAUGCGAAAGAGGAUUUGCAGUGAACCUUUUAACUCUAUUGACAUAAGUUUUCUUGUUGCACCUGGUGGUUUUCAUUGCACUAGUAAUGAAGGCGGAUGUCAAGAGCAGUUAACACAUCAGAAUGAGCCUGCAAGUCAAAAUUGCAUGUUUGGAGAGCCUAUCUCAAAUCAUUUUGGACUGCCGGAGUCAGACUUGGACAUUGUGCGUCAUGCAUUUCCAGAAAUGGUAGGGGAUGAUGUGACUGCUGGUGACAUUGAUUGUCCUGCCCAUGCAUUUCAUUCUGGACACCUGAACUCAUUUGAAGGUGGUCUUUCAGAUGGAAUGAUUGGUAGGAAUUGCUUAUAUGGAUUUACUGACAAUGUUUCCCCUGUGUCAGUCAAAGAUGCAGCACAAACUGGCAUUGGACAUUCAUUCGAGCAUAAUAAUGUACAUAAGGUUAUUCCUCUUCAACAGAAUGUACCUGUCUUUGGGAAAUGUGCUGGUGCUCAGGGAAUGGGGCCACAGCGUGAAAUGCCAGUGAGUGACCUAUUUGAGACAGAUGAUCUAGAAGCAAAACCCUUGUCUUCAUUUGGUUCUAUCAAUAAGAACCCUGGAAAUGUUUGCUCUGGAUUUGGAGUGAGUCAAUGCUUCAACUCUGCAGUUUCAGAUUGUAGUGCUGCAUUUCACCAGUUAGGAUAUUCAUCUCCAUUAGCUAGGAUGCCUGCCUGGGAACCAAUUGAUGGCAUUUCUACAUCAGUAAUGCGAAUUGAAGCAAACCUUGGAGACAAAGGUCAAGUUCGAGGAGAUGCAUUAGCAUGCCAGGGUGAUGGUGGCGCUGAGAAAAUAGGUUCAUCCAGUUAUGAAAUUGUCCACUCAGAACCCAAUUUAGAAGAAAGAAUAUCUACUGAGGGAAUAACUAAUUCCACUGCUAUGCCAGAGGGUGAUUUCAUGGAUCUUUCAAGCUCCCUUUUGAACUUUGCAGAUGAUGGUGAGCUUCUUUUCAUGGAUGUAGAUGUGAAAGACAUUAUGGAUAGAUCUUGUCUUGAUGGUCUUAACUCGAUUUUGUUAAGUUCUCCCGGUGAAUCUCAUCAAGAUGAUAUGCCUGGUAUUCCUAACAAGUCUAAAGCAACAGAACCACAAGAUACAUGCUUGAUGGUAGCCAAUGAUCCAUGUACUGGAGAAUUUGAUGAUCUUAGUUACCAAUCACACUUUCGACAGGAUGAUGGACAUAAGGCUUGCGAUGCAGUUGCAGUGGGUAAUAAGUUGGUGUCUACGUCAGCACUGAAUCCUCAUUCUCCUGAACUUCAGGAUGGGGUUAUUUGCUGCACAUUCAACACAGAGGAUCCUAAAAUCCCAGACAAUGAUGACAUUUUUCCAUCCACUGAAAUGCUUGCAUCAGUUGGAUCCCCUAUAAUGCAACAAAGUUCUGGGGAGUCUCCUAACAUAGCAGCCUCAUUUCCCAUGGAUGGUCAUGAUGCUCAAAAGGUUACUGAACGAGGAUCAAACUUGGUGAAGGGAGAAGAAGAAGCCCCUGCACAGAGGCUUCUGGCUCCCAGGAUGAUGAGAUCACUAGUAUUAGCAAAAAAGGGUUCAAACCUUCCUGUUGAUGGAUGUGGAUUCAAAUCUGAGUUGCCUGAGAGUGACUCUGCUGAUGUGGUAUCCAAUCGCAUAAGUACUUCGGAGCUUUGUCGAUGCAGACCAUGGCCUGUAACUCCAAACUUUGUCCCAGAUGGGUCACUGAAAGAAUCAGUUAUAAAUGUUGAAAUGGAAAAACAACAUGAUUUUCGUUGUUCUGUUGAUUCUUUAUUGGAUAAGCCAGGUCAUGGUUCUGAUCAUGUAAAAUGUUGUCCACGAAACAUCCUUGGUGGCUGUAAACAAGAUGCAGAUGUGUCAGUUGCAAUUCAUAAAAAUUUGCAAGCACAUGCAGAAUCAGGUUCCAGAGAAAUGGCUAUUCCAGAAUCAGGAGUAAACCCUCCAACUUCAGAUCGGGAAGAGCAACUUUCUGAAAGUGAUAUACCUUGUUUUUCUGAUGUCGAAGCCAUGAUACUUGAUAUGGACUUGGGUCCUGAUCAAGAGUCACAUUACAGUAAGGAAGUGGUAAGGUAUCAAAAUGUGGAUACUAAGAGGGCAAUCAUAAGGUUGGAACAGGUGGUCCAGUCUCAUAUGCAAAGAGCUAUGGCUUCUCAUGGAGCAUUUGCCAUUUUCUAUGGCCGCCAUUUGAAGCAUUAUAUUAAGAAAUCAGAGGUAUUACUUGGGAGACCAACAAAUGAUGUGGAUGUUGACAUUGACCUAGGAAGAGAAGGGCGUGCUAAUAAAAUAUCUCGACGGCAGGCAAUGAUAAAGAUGGAUGAAGAUGGAUCCUUCUAUUUGAAGAAUCUCGGCAAGUAUCCAAUUUUAGUCAAUAGCAAGGAGGUAGCAACUGGACAGCGUCUGAGUCUUAAUUCAUGUUGUUUGAUUGAGAUACGAGGCAUGAGGUUCAUGUUUGAAAAGUUCCAGUAUUCUUCAAGAUGGUAAAUAGGUGACAUUUCCAGCAAGUGAGCCAAGAUGAAUACCAAGGCCGAUUCGGUUCGGGAGUAAGCUUUGGAUAUUUUGUGGUAUUCCACUCUGCCACUUGAGCUGUUGGGUUAUAUCUAUGAUUGCUGUGCAUUAAUCUUUCUGGGCUGUUGGGUUAUAUCUGUGAUUGCUGUUGCAUGAA